AUGAAUUCGUUCGUCAACGAUGUUUUUGAGCGUAUUGCUGCUGAAGCUUCUCGUCUAGCCCAUUACAACAAACGUUCCACCAUUUCUUCUCGUGAAAUUCAAACUGCUGUUCGUUUAAUUUUGCCUGGCGAACUCGCCAAACAUGCUGUUUCUGAAGGUACGAAAGCUGUAACUAAAUAUACUUCUAGCAAGUGAAU